GUAAUCCUUCAUUACUAGAACUUGAUGCGAGUACUCUCUGACUGUUAGCAAGCUAGUAUUUGCACUGUUAUAAUCAGAACAUGGACAACUCGGGGAAAGAGAAGGAAGCGAUUCAGCUUAUGGCUGACGCUGACAAGAAAGUGAAAACUUCUGGCUCGUUCUUGGGAGGCAUGUUUGGCGGACCUCAUAAAGUGGAGGAGGCGUGUGAAAUGUACUGCAGAGCAGCCAACAUGUUCAAGAUGGCCAAGAACUGGAACGCUGCUGGUAAUGCAUUCUGCCAGGCCGCCCGGAUCCACAUGCAGCUCCAGAAUAAACACGACUCGGCCACCAGCUUCAUCGACGCAGGAAAUGCCUUCAAAAAGUCUGACCCCAACGAGGCUAUCAAGUGCUUAAACGCAGCCGUUGAUAUAUACACAGACAUGGGAAGGUUCACCAUCGCAGCCAAACACCACAUCACCAUCGCAGAGAUCUACGAGUCAGAACUAGUGGAUAUAGAGAAGGCCAUCGCCCACUAUGAGCAGGCAGCAGACUACUACAAAGGAGAGGAGUCCAACAGUUCUGCCAACAAGUGUCUGCUGAAGGUGGGGGCCUACGCCGCUCAGUUAGAACAAUACGCCAAGGCCAUCGAGAUCUACGAACAGGUGGGAUCCAGCACCAUGGAUAACCCCCUGCUGAAAUACAGUGCCAAAGAGUACUUCUUCAAAGCUUCUCUGUGUCACUUCAUCGUGGAUGAACUCAAUGCUAAGCUUGCUGUGGAGAAGUACGAGGAGAUGUUCCCAGCCUUUUCAGACUCAAGAGAGUGCAAACUGUUGAAGAAACUCCUGGACGCUCAUGAGGAACAGAACUGUGAAGCUUUCACUGAAGCAAUUAAAGAGUUUGAUUCCAUCUCUCGUCUGGACCAAUGGCAGACUACCAUGCUGCUGCGCAUCAAGAAGACCAUCCAGGGAGAUGAGGGGGACCUGAAGUGAGACUACACCGGGGUACAUUUCACCACAGGGGCACACAUCAUGGCAUGCCACCCCCUCUCCAUUACACCCCCCCCCCCUUACUCUCUCAUUGCACAAAAACAAUGUUGAGGUUCUUAUAGUUACAGUAUGAGUUAGUUACAAGUUAACUUCAGCUGCAAUGUGUAGGCCUAUAGAGAAUCUGUAGAAGAGUACGUGCACCCUGUUCAUUCCGAAUGUUAUGUUGAAUUCUAUUAUAUGAAGUUAUCAGUUGCUCUCGUAUUAAUAUUGCCAAACCCUAGUUAGGAUGUGGAUCUACAGUCGUACCUCUUAAUGGAGGAUAGAGCCUGUACAUUUCCUGUUUAGUGGUGAGUAACCUCAGUAGGGCAGAGAGGCAUUCUACUAAUGCAUAAACACUGCAUGAUUUGUACAGUUGUAAUUAAUUAUUCUAUAGGUUUAGCACAUGUGACUAAUCUAGAAAUGAGUAUUUAAAUAUAUUUAAAGAUUACUUAUGAUGUUGUAAGCUUAUUUCCAUUCUUUCCUUGGCUUCCAACUUGAAAAUGUCUUAAAGAGAUUUAGAAAGGAAAUGUCCAUUACUUCCAAUAUCAUAAACGGUUGUUGUAAACUAAAGAAUUCUAGCCUGAGUGAUGACAAAGAAUUGUUUCAUAUCCAAAACAGCCAGGAAAAAUGUCUUAUUAAUGACAAUUGAUAAACAAAGUUAAACAAUCAAGACAUGACCAGAGAGCAUAUGGGAAAUAAAGUAUCCAAAGUUGGCUUUAUUUUUCCCCCCAUAUAAUCUUAUUCUGUAUUAUUUACGAGGGUGUUCUUAACAAAUGUUUUGGUUUACCUGCCAAUGUGACUAAUUCUGCUCGUGUAAAAAAAAAAGUAUUUUUUUAAUGCAGAGCAAACAGGGGAAAAAAGCUAAGAAUGAAUUGCUCUCUUGCCAGAGCAGUGUCACACUGAAAUAACAGGCUGGAGUUUAGAAGUAACUCAUGUUGGUGUAUACUAGUGUGCCCUCCUGCUGGCAACUAGCAGAACUGCAUGUCAUUGUGUGUUGUUUUAUAGCAUUGUGCAACAUUUCCUAGUAGUGAUGAACUGAGCCCCCCUUGAUGUUGGGGGGGGGGAGGGGGCAGUCAGCCUGCAUAUCAAGCUUCUUUCAGGUGGAAUAGUGCCCUUUUUAUUUGGUCUGUGAGAAUGGACAGUAAUAAAGACAUAUCUAUAAUUCUCUG